UGGUUCUCCGAAUUUCCACCGUUCACAUACGACUAUACCAGCGGCAUCCAAAGCAACUUCAAUCGGCUCGCCUAUCAACGCCAAUGGGGCCCAAAACUCAAGGGAAAUCGCUGGAUCCAAUGCCAGAAAAUGGCCUUCACUGCGCUGUACGCGACAAAUGCGCAUGUGGGCAAGUUGGAGAAGUGGCAGGCUCUGUGUCGUGAUGUACAUAUCCACAAUCCGCCGGAUUCUAUUACGCAGUGCAAGAAGAUUUUGGGAAGCCGAAAGGUCCUUGUCAACCUCGUCAAUCUGAUCGAUCAUCGCCUCAUUGGCGUGCCGGUCAUCCGAUUCAAGAAUUACAAUGAGUUCUUGGCUUAUACGAACAGUGGUCGGAAGUUUCCGCGUGAGGAGGCGAAGGAGGAGGGCUUCAUCAAAGUCUUGCUAAGGCAGUUGUGA